AUGCCGCUAGCUGAGAAGAUCAUCUGCAAUAGCUUCAUGGAGAUGGAACCUGACGCUCUCGCUCUGCUCCCGAAUGCGCUGCCGCUAGGCCCACUUGUAGCGCCGACGUCACGGCCAGUCGGACAUUUCCUGCCGGAAGACCUGACCUGCCUCGCCUGGCUCGACGCGCAGGCUCCCGGCUCCGUCGUCUACAUUGCCUUCGGGAGCUCCGGCGUCUUGGACGCGACGCAGUUCCAAGAGCUUGCCGACGGGCACGCGCUCUCCGGCCGACCGUUCAUGUGGGUUGUCCGGCCAAACUUCACCACCGGAGCCACAGAAGGUUGGUUCGGCGCGUUCAAGCGCCGCGUCGAGGGCAAGGGGUUGAUCAUGGGCUGGGCGCCGCAGCAGCGCGUGCUCUCGCACCACGCCAUCGCCUGCUUCGUGUCGCACUGCUGGUGGAACUCAACCAUGAAAGGCAUGCUGCACGGCGUGCCGUUCCUCUGCUGGUCGUACUUCACCGACCAGUUCGCCAACCAGAGCUACGUCUGCAACGUGUGGGGGCACGGGCAUGAAGAUUUGCCGAGACGAGCGAGGGGUUGUCGCGAAGGAGGAGAUCGAUAG